UUAUAAGGGUAGCCGAUACUGAUCAUCCAAAAAUUGAGCAGUACUUGAAUUUUAGAGAUAUAGAACAUAUGAAGAUCAUUUAAGUUGUAUGCUGAGUAGCAUCCAUUACUUUCUCUUUCUUUUGAGAUAUACUUUAAUUUGAAAGAUUUGAUACAUUGUUCUCCUUUCCCUUGUACAAAUGAGGUUGCUGCUCGUCCUGUUGCAAAAAAGCAUUAGAUGCUAAUAGAGGAGUUGGAGAAGGGGAUCCAUUUCUCUUACUCUCCCACUCAGAAGAUGCCCAUACGCCAUAUGUAGCAGUUUAAUAACAAAAAAAAAAUUGUUUGACUUGCAUGAAGAACAUCAUUGAAUAUGGUCUAGAACAAAAUGCAAAUAAAAAGCUCGUGACCGAUAUUGAAAGUCGAGACCAGGACUUUCAGGGGAUGUGAUCAUGGAUUGAUGCUUGAGGAUUUUCUGUGAGCCUAGCAAAUGAUUCUUCAAUAAUCUCCAUUUGUUGAACAGUAUAAGUCAAAAGAGAGCCAAUAGAAGAGAAUAAAUGUUAAACUAAUUUCAAAGUUGGUUGCAUAAAGUUUUCAUGUGAUUUCAUGAAAUCUAAUCUUUCUGUGUUCCCGAUUCUUCUUCCAUAACCCCAUAUAUUUAGAUCUACAGAUGUUGGAUGAGAUGCGUUAAACAUAAGAAAUUUCUUGACAGAGUUUCUUGACACAGACAGGAGGGUCCUUCCUGUGACUCCUAGUUUGCUGAAGUGGAUGGCUGGAUUGAAGAGUUUCGACACAUGGAGCCCUGUUAUUGUAAUGUUAGCUGUUGAUUUUGCCUUCGCGGUUGUAAAUAUACUUCUCAAGGAAGUCCUCAAUGCAGAAAUGAACCAUUUGGUCCUCAUCACAUACCGGCAAUCAAUUUCUACCAUUUUCUUGGUCCCCAUUGGAUACUUUUGGGAAAGGAAUAGCCGACCCAAGCUCACACUUCGGAUCUUAUGUUACCUCUUCUUCAGCGCUCUUGUCGGGGCAUCACUGACACAAUACUUCUUCCUUCUUGGGAUUCAAUACACAUCUGCUACUUUCGCAUGUGCUUUUAUCAACAUGGUCCCUGCAAUCACAUUUAUAAUGUCAUUACCUUUUGGAUUAGAGAUUGUGAACAUAAAAACCAACAGGGGGAGAGCAAAAUUAAUUGGAACCUUGGUAUGUAUCUGUGGAGCCAUGAUACUGACUCUUUACAAAGGAAUGCCUUUAGUUAAAUAUUCGCGUCCAGAAGCUCCAUCUCCAACCAUGGAUCAGGCUAUCAGCUUGAGCUCGGGUAAGAAGACAGAGAGAUGGACCGUUGGCUCAAUAGCUUUGAUGGGAGGCACCCUGUUGUGGUCUUCAUGGUUUCUUAUUCAGUCAAACAUUGGCAAGCUAUACCCAUGUCAGUAUUCGAGCACUGCCAUCAUGUCCUUCUUUGGUGCCAUUCAAUCAGCAGUCAUUAGUUUGUCCAUGGACAGAAACCUUUCCUUGUGGAUUCUGAAAGGGAAAACAGAAAUAUUAACAGUUAUUUAUGCUGGAGUGGUAGGGUCUGGCUUAUGCUAUGUGGCAAUGUCAUGGUGUGUCAAGAAGAGGGGCCCUGUCUUCACUGCAGCAUUCAGUCCCCUGGUUCAGAUAAUGGCAGUCAUGUUUGAUAUCCCUAUUCUGCAUGAGCAACUCCAUCUUGGAAGUGCUGUAAUGAGCAGUGUGCUAGGAUCGGCCACUGUAAUUGCUGGAUUAUACAUUCUUUUGUGGGGUAAGAAGAAGGAUGCAGAGAAUUCCUCAAUGGAACUAGUCCAAGAAGCUGAAGAAGUUAAGGACCAAGAGGCACAGUUACAAGUAACCACAAUCACGAGUGGUUCAAGGUGCCCCUGAAGUUGAGUUGCAUCUCUCUCUCUCUCUCUCUCUCAUUUCACAGUGUUUGCUACUGUGCUUCUAGCGGACUUUUUUUUGGCACCUUCAUAAUUAAUGAAUAAUCCCACAUCAUAUUUUUAA